AGGACUCCGGUCACGUGCCUGUCAAACCCCGUUGGCUCGCGCAGCCGUCGUCAACAAAACAGUGGAGGAAGCUAAGCUAAGCUAACCGAGCUAACGAAAACACAGCGCCGCGGCCGGGACGUCGUUCCUCCCCGGUGUCGGUGAGUCAGCCGAGGUGACGGUGGUUGCCGUCACGGACGAAGAGACGGUGUCUGUCGACAUGAAGUGAGCGGGAACCAGGAUGAGGAGCGGCGGCAGCGGCUUGCUAACUCCGGAGCUAGCAGGCUAACGAUCAGCUGUUGUUGUGGUGGUGUUGCUAACACGUCCGAACUGUUUCCUCGCAGCGGCCGGAGCUUCACCGCACACCGCGUUUCCUCUUUCCUCUUCCUCCACGGUUAAUGGCGACACACGCAGGAGAGCCGCCCUCACGCAUCCGUCAGCGGGCCGUCAGUCAGCUGCUGUCCGGCGGGCGGUGACUCCCCCCGUGGGGUCCGUCCAUCAGAGUCGUCCGUGAUUGAAUCCGCAGCGUAGCUUCAAGAUGCACGACGCGUACGAACCGGUGUCGAUUCUGGAAAAGCUCCCGCUCCAGAUUGACUGUCUUGCGGCCUGGGAGGACUGCCUGCUUGUGGGUACAAAACCAGGGCAUCUGCUUCUCUACCGGAUAAAGAAGGAUGCAGGUACCAAUCGGUUCGAGGUGACGCUGGAAAAAUCCAAUAAGAACUUCUCAAAGAAGAUUCAGCAGCUUUAUGUUGUCUCGCAGUACAAAAUCCUUGUCAGUCUUCUUGAGAACAACAUCCAUGUUCAUGACCUCCUGACGUUCCAGCAGAUCACUGUAGUGUCCAAAGCCAAAGGAGCUACACUCUUUGCCUGUGAUCUGCAGCAAACCAGCUCCGGGGAGGAAAGGUUGAGAAUGUGUGUUGCGGUAAAAAAGAAGCUCCAGCUGUAUUACUGGAAGGAUAGAGAGUUCCAUGAGCUGCAGGGCGACUUUGCUGCACCAGAUAUCCCAAAGUCCAUGGCUUGGUGUGAAAACUCCAUAUGUGUUGGCUUCAAGCGAGACUAUUACCUUAUUCGGAUGGAUGGUCGUGGCUCCAUCAAGGAGCUCUUCCCGACUGGGAAACAGUUAGAGCCUCUGGUUGCACCACUGGCUGAUGGGAAGGUGGCUGUCGGGCAGGAUGACCUCACUGUUGUCCUAAAUGAAGAGGGUGUUUGCACCCAGAAGUGUGCCCUGAACUGGACAGACAUCCCUAUAGCGAUGGAGCACCAGCCUCCGUACAUCAUCGCCGUUCUCCCUCGGUACGUGGAGAUCCGGACCUUUGAGCCGAGGCUUCUGGUGCAGAGCGUGGAGCUGCAGAGACCUCGCUUCAUCACCUCAGCAGGGCAAAAUAUUGUGUAUGUUGCCAGCAACCACUUUGUGUGGCGCCUGGUGCCUGUGUCCAUAGCGAGCCAGAUCCGGCAGCUUCUCCAGGACAAGCAGUUUGAGCUGGCUCUUCAGCUGGCGAAGAUGAAGGAUGAUUCAGACGGUGAUAAGAAGCAGCAGAUACAUCACAUCCAAAAUCUUUACGCCUUCAAUCUGUUUUGCCAGAAGAGAUUUGAUGACUCCAUGCAGGUGUUUGCCAAACUGGGCACAGAUCCCACACACGUGAUUGGACUGUACCCGGACCUGCUCCCAUCAGACUACCGCAAACAGCUGCACUAUCCCAACCCACUACCCACACUGUCCGGGGCAGAGCUGGAGAAGGCUCACCUCGCUCUUAUCGAUUACCUCACCCAGAAACGCAGCCACCUGGUGAAACAGCUGAAUGACUCUGACCCUUCCACAACAUCUCCACUCAUGGAGGGAACACCGACUAUUAAAAGCCGCAAAAAACUCCUGCAGAUCAUUGAUACUACUCUACUGAAGUGUUACCUACAUACCAACGUGGCCCUGGUGUCCCCCCUCCUUCGUCUGGAGAACAACCACUGCCACAUCGAGGAGAGCGAGUACGUUCUCAAGAAGGCGCACAAGUACAGUGAGCUGAUCAUUCUUUAUGAGAAGAAGGGCCUGCACCAGAAAGCUCUGCAGGUGCUGCUCGACCAGUCCACCAAGGCCAACUCUCCGCUGAAGGGCCACGAGCGAACAGUGGAGUACCUCCAAAGACUGGGAGUCGAGAAUCUGGGCAUCAUCUUUGAGUUUUCUCCCUGGGUGCUGAAGAUCUGUCCUGAAGACGGUUUGAAGAUUUUCACUGAGGACCUGACGGAGGUGGAGACUUUGCCCCGAGACAAAGUGCUUAACUUCCUGAGAGAGGGCUUCACGGAGCUCGCCAUCCCAUAUCUCGAGCACAUCAUCUACGUGUGGGACGAGAAGGGCCCGGAGUUUCACAAUGUGCUGAUCCAGCUCUACCUGGAGAGGGUUCAAGUCCUCAUGAAAGAGUACCUCAACUCACUGCCUGAAGGGGUCCCAGCUGUUGCUGCAGGAAAGGAGAAAGGCCGACUGGGGGAGUUCAGGAACAAGCUGCUGUCUUUCCUGGAUAUUUCUACCAGCUAUGAACCAGCCAGGCUCAUCAGUGAUUUUCCCUUUGACGGCCUGCUGGAGGAGCGAGCUCUGCUUCUGGGUCGGAUGGGUAAACACGAGCAGGCGCUCUUCAUCUAUGUGCACAUCCUGAAAGACAUCCGCAUGGCUGAAGAAUACUGUCACAGUCACUACAACAGUUCAGUGGAAGGAAAUAAAGAUGUUUAUCUGUCUCUGCUGCGAAUGUACCUGUCCCCCCCUGACGUCCACUGUCUGGGGCCCAUCAAGAUGGAGCUGUCGGGGCCUCAGGCGAAUCUCCAGGCGGCCCUGCAGGUCCUGGAGCUGCACCACAGCAAGCUCAAUACCACCAAGGCCAUCAAUCUGCUCCCAGCAAACACUCAGAUCAGAGAGAUCCGGGUUUUCCUGGAGAGCGUCCUGGAGGAGAGGGCCCAGAGGAAACGCUGCAACCAGGUGCUGAAGAGUCUCCUGCAGGCCGAGUUCCUCAGGGUGCAGGAGGAGCGAAUCUUCCACCAGCAGGUUAAAUGCGUCAUCACGGAGGAGAAGACCUGCAGAGUUUGCAAAAAGAAAAUAGGAAACAGUGCAUUCGCCAGGUAUCCCAACGGUGUGGUGGUUCAUUACUUCUGCUGCAAAGACCGCACCGUGUGUCCCACUGAGCAGUAACAGCCUCUGCUCACUCAGACGGUUUAUUAAUAAAUCAUCCUUCCUACUUGUGGAUUCAGUCUUUGGAUGCCCAUGAAGAAAAAAAAAAAAAACACCAGAAGGUUGGAAGUGCUCUGAAUCCAAAGCACCUUGCAGAACUUGUGAGUCCAGGCGUUUUUUUUAGUUAGUUUUUUUUUUUUUUUACCCGAGUUCACCUUGGACACCGUUGUUGUUGCGCUCAACUCCCCCGGGGCAGAUUCAGAGCUCCCGUCUGAAAGCAAAAGGCUGCAACUCUCUGGCUCUCUGUGCAUGAAGUAACAGGAGGAAUGUCCGAGGUCGCUCGGCAGGAGGAGAGAAGCGAAGAGAGAGAGAGAGAGAGAGAGAGAGAGAGAGAGGGCGGUCAGGGCUAUUGACAGACCCUCUUCUCCAGGAGAUGGUAGAUGAUGGGUAGUUGUCUCUUCUCUCUCUCUCUUCCUGCGUCUCUCCCCUCCUGUCACACUGUGUAGGCCUCACACACUGCUUCAUACGCCAUAUAGACUCUACUGUUCAAUGCCUUCUGUGACUGAAGAUUGUACUUACAAUGAAGUCACAUGUCUUUUUGUUGAGCAUGUGCUGGUACUGCAUUCGUCUUACACUGUGUUUGACGGGUUUUUCUAUUUGAUUUCAACAUUUGAGGAGACUUCUCCAGCUAACAUUAUUCAUAUUUAUGUUCUUUUCUUCUUCUAUGGCUGUUUUUGAUGAGUGAUGACGACAUCCACGCUUUUAAUGCUUUUUUUUUCUCUGAAGUUCUCAUCUGUCUCAUUGUAUUAAUGUUUUAUUAUUUUUUUUUUUUUUGCCUUUCUCAGUCACAUCAGAAGUUUAUGAAGAAGAAUUAAAUUCUAAAGUGAGACUACGUAAAUGUAGAACAGAACCCACGAGUCAUAACUACAAGAAAAACUCAUAAUCAACUCUGCUGGGGUUAGUGUCGAGCUGCAGUGAUGAGCUCAUUAACCAAUUAGUCAUUCAACAGAAACUAUUUUAAAAAAGCUUCCAGCUUAAUUUGCUCCCUUUUCUGUCACUGAAAGACAAUAUUAAAAAGUAAACUAUUAAUCAAUAUUUAGCAGCAGGUAUAUAAAAAAUGAUCGUUAGUUACAGCCCGAUAUCGCUAUGUGUACGAGUAGAGUUUGAUCUGACAGCGAGAAAACUGACGUCAGUCACGCAGCAACAUUUAGCUAAAGUUAAGUUUAAUUAGCAAGCAUUAGCCGCCGCCAUCUUUGUACGAGGAGGAAGGUGUCACGUAGUCUCACUUUAAGAUGGGUCACAUCAGUGCAGCACUUUAACGGUGGAUGGAUGUUUGGUUUAUUUAUUAUCGAAUCACAUAUCUGCGCGACAAGAACUGGAAGUGAUGUGAAUGGAUGAAGGUGUGAUCGAUCUGUGUGUUUUAAUCGCAAUACUGAAAUAAAAUGUCUGUUUUACCGUCCA